AUGUCUUCCAGCGACGAGGAGUUUGGGGUGUCUCACAUUCAAACCAGUUUCGUGUCAGAAGAUGUUAAGAUAGAUGUAGCGAGACAAAACAGAAGGAAUAUAAGAGAGGAGAGAAUACUCAGGAUGAAGCAAUUAAGGGCAACAUUCAACCCAAAUAGUCCUUUACCUGAUCAUACAAAUGAUCCCAAUAUUAAUCAGGCGACAAGUUCGUUGCAGUCAACCUCGGAAGAGCAGAAUAGUACAGAUAGAUUCAUGGAUCUUGAUUUGUACAGAGCUGCAACAAAAGGCAAUGUUGAUGGUUUCAUUGAUGCCCUUGAACGGAUUUCAAAGGACAAGGAACUACCUUUACAUGCCAUUUUUAAACAAGUAAGCCCCUCCGGGAACACUUUGCUGCAUAUAGUGGCUGCUAGCGUAGUGAAUAAUAGAAAAAUGGUGCGGCUGAUAGCUGACCACGCACCCUGGCUUGUUUCCCAGAAAAACUCAAAAGGUGUUCUAGAUUUAAUAUUGGAGAGAAGGCCAGAUUGGAUCCUUUACCAGGAUGAAGAACAAAGGACUCCACUCCAUUGGGCAGCAUCCAUGGGCUACCUUGAAGGUGUUCGUAACUUGCUUGGUAAAAAUACUUCCACUACCAUGGAAAGAGAUAAAGAUGGUUUCUUCCCGAUUCACACGGCUUCCGCCAAAGGUCAUGUUCAUGUCAUUCAGGAGUUGCUACAGCAUUGGCCAUAUGUAGAAGAGAUGCAGAACAGUAAAGGUCAGAAUAUUCUUUAUGUUGCAGCUACAAGUGGGAAACUUAAUGUAAUUAAGUACAUUCUUGAAACUCCUGGACUGGAGUCGCUUAUAAACGAAAGGGAUAAGGAUGGAAACACACCCUUGCAUUUGGCCACCAUGCACUGGCAUCCCAAACUUGUGAGUGCUCUAACAUGGGAUAACAGGGUGGACCUGAGGUUGGUUAACAAUGAUGGAUUAACAGCUCUUGAUAUUGCUGAAUGCUACAUGGAAAACUCGUCAACCUUUCGACAGCGGCUAACAUGGACUGCACUGAAAGCUGCUGGUGUGCCAUGGAACCCCAAUGCCAGUGCUCAAAAACAAGGUUCUAAUUUGUCAGGGCUGCAGAGCAGAGACAACUAUAAAGACAGCCAACACGCUUUUAUUGGUGUCUACCCUUGUUGCCACAGUGACCUUUGCUGCUGGAUUCACAAUACCUGGUGGCUAUAACUCCUCUGGUGAUGAUAAAG